AUGUCUAGCUCUGGUUUUACUACUAAAUUUUUUCAUCCACCACAACGUACAGUUUCUUGUAAUAAUGGUCUUUUAGAUAUUCGUACUAAACAUAUAAUUGCUAAAGAUCGUCUUAAUGUAGCUGAACAACGAAUUCUUGAUAUUGAAGAACGAAAAUCAGCUAGUAAUAUUCAAUUAAUAGCAUUACAACAAAAACGAUUUAAGAAAAAAUUCUCAUCACAUCAUAGUUCUGAUCAAUCGUUACAAAAACGUAAACGUUCAAUUAGUGAUUCUCGGCUUGCUGAUUGGCAUAAUACGUCCGAUAUAAAAUUACCUAAUAGUUUAAAUAAUAGCAAUUCAAAUCUUUCAAUUCCAUCAAGAUUUUAUGAAUUACAACGAAGAUUUUCAGCAUGUUUUGCUGAUGAUAUAUUAAGAAAUCAUGUUUCAACUACUGAUACAGAAAUUAGUAAUAGUAGUAGUGAAGAAGAACAAGAACAAGAAGAAGAUAAUGGUUUCAAACCAAUCAGAUCACUUCAACCACCUACUGUUGCUAUUAUUCCGCCAGAAGAAGACGAUCUACCUGUUAUUCAAUAA